GGCCCCGCGGCGCUGGCACCGGCUCUCGCCGGCGGACGACGAGCUGUACCAGCGCACGCGCAUCUCCCUGCUGCAGCGCGAGCUCCCGCACGCCAUGUACGUGGACAGCUACAGCAGCCACGGCUUCGCGGUCAGCGGCACCCGCGUGCUGGGGCCGUGCGCGCUGCUCCCGCACUCCGUGCUGCAGUGGAACGUGGGAUCCCCCCGGGACAUCACCGAGGAGAGCUUCGCCCUCUUCUGGAUGCUGGAGCCCAGGAUCGAGAUCGUUGUGGUGGGCACGGGAAACAGGACCGAGAGGCUGAGCUCCCUGGUGUUGCAGGCCAUGCGGCAGCGAGGCAUUGCCGUGGAAGUGCAGGAUACGCCCAAUGCCUGCGCCACCUUCAACUUCCUGUGUCAUGAAGGCCGAGUGACAGGAGCUGCGCUCAUCCCCCCACCUGGAGAGCGUUCACUGACUUACCCCACCCAGGCUGCGGAAUGAACCACCAGGAACCUACCCGUGGUGAGAGGCGCUGGCCCUGGCAGAGUGCUGGCACUCGCAGUGCCUCAUACCCUCUCCCCACUGGCACUGUGUAACACUGUCCUGCUUACCAGGAUAAUAAUUUAUAUGCCUGUCUUACUUUGU